AUGGCGGACUUCGAGAGUGUUGCGAAGCAAUUCGUCGAGUACUACUACAAGCAGUUCGACAGCGACCGAUCUGGCCUGGCCCCACUCUACAGAGACAACUCCAUGUUGACAUUCGAGGCCCAACCAUUCCAGAGCGCGGCAGCUAUCGUGCAAAAGCUACAGGAACUUCCCUUCCAGAGGAUCGAGCACCAAGUCGCGACCCUCGACGCACAGCCAAGCAACGAAUCUGGCGGCAUCCUCGUCAUUGUCAGCGGCGCGCUUUUGGUCGAGGAGGAGAAGCGACCGAUGUCAUACGCUCAGACCUUCCAGUUGUUGCCAACCCCAGAAGGCUCCUACUACAUCUUCAAUGACGUCUUCCGCCUCGUGUACCCAGCCGCGUAG